CAUCACACUAGAAUGACCGACGCCAGCAAAACUAUUGAAACCCUGGCUGAAAAAGAUAGCAAACCCAAGCUCCAUCACCAUACGUGGACUCUAGCUAUCGAACAGCUGAGGAAACAGGAAGAUUACCUUGAAUUAUAUGAUUUAUCCAAACAAGACCCCUUAACAACUCUAACCGAUGUCCUUAAAGCAACGAACGAAAAGAAAGACGAGUGCAUUAAGAAAAGAUGGAAAGUUACUCUCAAAGGGCGUACGAUCAUCCUACGUGAUGUGCUUGAGAAGAUUGCUGUAUGGGUCGACAAGUUUUUGAUGUUUGGUGAUAUCGCUAUCCAAUAUGAUCCCGUCAGUGCUGCACUCCCAUGGGCAGCUGUGAGGUUGAUUAUGAAAGCCACCGUGAAUGACGUGGAAGCAUUCGGAUAUGUGUUGCAGUCUAUCGAAAGUGUAACAAAUGUAAUUGCUAGCUGCAGUAUCAUUGAACGUCACUUUCUACAGCCGGAGCAUUCCAGGAUGAAUGUUUUUGAGCAGCUCUCUAAGUCCGUUGUAUCGCUUUAUAUCUCUAUUCUAAAAUAUCUCUCCUCAAUAAUUCACUAUUACGGAAAAAACUGGGUGAUUCGGUUCGUAAAGAGCGUGGUAGUUUCUAAGGCCGAUCUUGAAGCAAAACAUUCCACUAUUACAGCCGCAAAAAGGGAGCUUUGGGAUCUCCUUGAGCUUGCCGAGUCCGAGAAAUCACAGGCCAUUCUUGAAGGCCUUAAGGAUGUGACAGCGGCGCAGAUAGCUCAAAACAGUGACUUCAGGUCCUUUUCCACCGAGCUACGAAAACUUGAAGAGCCAGUCAAGAGGAUUGAUUACCACGUUCAAAUAAUCAACGAUAACCUUGAGCGAGAUACAAGAGCACGGGUUCUAAAAGCUAUUUCCACCAUCCCAUACGGAGCACAUCAUAAAACAGUUAGACGAGGUCGCUUAAAGGAUUCUGGACAGUGGUUAUUCAAGAAAAAAGAAUACAAAAUCUGGCGUGAAGAAAGUGCGUCUUCGGUUCUAUGGCUACACGGGAUACCAGGCUGUGGAAAGACCAAAUUGGCAUCUAUUGUGAUUGAUGAACUAGCAACCUGCGAUAAUCUUGCAUACUUCUACUGUAUGCGAAACCCAGCCGAGCCUUUUCGAGCUCAAUGCAGCAAGAUCUUAGCUAGCCUCGUACGUCAAUUAGCCUGCCAGGGGACCGACAAACCAAUUCUUCCACCCGUAGUAGAACAUUACGAAGAUGCCAUCGCCGGUUUCGAAGGAUUCGAAGAUCAGCAUUGGGAUGCCGAGGAGUCUACAAGAAUGUUGUUAGCACUAAUGGAACAUUAUCCGACAGCGACGAUAGUUAUUGAUGCCCUAGACGAGGUGGAAUUACAGGACCGCCAGGAGUUAAUGGAUGUGUUGGGUCAGCUUCUCCAAGAAUCGCCCAAUCUACUCAAGAUAUUUGUUUCUAGCCGAGACAAUUACGAUAUCGCGCUACACUUAGAAGGAUCACCCAACGUGUAUAUCGAUGCGGAUGAUAAUGCUGGAGACAUCUCGGCAUUCAUCAAGGAUCAGUUAGCUUCGGCGAGGCUGCUACGAAAUAACUUACCUGAUUCUCUUCGAGAUGAAAUUAUUGAGACGUUGAUUAGGGGUGCCCGGGGAAUGUUUCGAUGGGUAGAUCUUCAAAUUCAAUCCCUUCGUCCAUUAAAAGUGGCAGCAGAUAUCAAAGCUCGUCUUGGUGUUCUCCCCUCUACUCUAGAAGGCUCCUAUUGGGAAAUUUAUCAGAGUAUCUUAGAGUCAGGGGACCACGCUGCAGCACUUGCGAAUUUUACCUUCCAGUGGCUCAUGUAUGCUAAAGACUCCCUCUCCAUCGAAGCCUUUGCGUCUAUUGCGUCCUCUGCUCUCUCGUCCGAAAUGAGUAGUACUUUCAGCGGGGCCGAGGUUACCGACGUCUGUUCGAAUCUCAUCGUUAUCCGGGGGAAAGAUUUUGAAUUCGCUCAUUUAUCAGUGAGAGAGUUUUUCGAGGGUAUUUCAAAGCCUGGUAUAGAGACAUUUCUUUCCGCCCAGAGCAAUGGCUUUAUCUCAGUUGCUUGCCUUCGCUAUCUCACGAAACAAUUACUCCAAGCCCCCGGCAUCAUCACCGAAACCAUCAACAAUGAGGUAAAGAGGUCUUCUCCGGGCUAUCUAGGAGUUAGAAAUACUCAAGGAACUCGUGCAGAAUACGAAUCACGAAAACGUUCUAUGUCCCAAUUCGUUGACGACCUUACUUCAGGUCUUCAAUCGGAGCCUAUUAUUUAUACAACACAUUUUUGGGUAUUCCAUGCGCGCCACAGUUCCAACUUCCGGGAGUCAGAGCCAUUAUCAAGGCUUAUAAAGGAGUUUCUUAUAGAUCCUCAUUUCCUACUGAUCACUCCUACUUUUGUUCUUUGGUGUGAAAUAAUGCAAUCUAAAGGACCGGAUUCUGGCCUGUUAUCCGACGACAAACUAUCCUGGGAAAAUUUGAAAAUCAUUUCUCGACCAUUUCAUCCCAUAUGGCUUGCUUGCGCCAAUGGUUGGUUUGAUGUUAUACAGUACCUAUAUGAUGUUCACCGUCUGGACAUCGAACGGCUUAUAUAUUCCAAUUAUGGGGAUCUAGUCGACAAUGCUAAAGCUUGGAGCAACGCUUUGGGAUACGCUAUCAUAAAUGGAAAUGUAGCCAUCGUGGAAUUCAUCCUUUCAUGCACCAUAAAUCCAAUGAAGCAAUUGCUAUCCAGAAAGAAGAUAGAGCCUUUGGUUUUGGCAGCAAAAGCAGACGAUACUAGUAUGCUCUCUAUCCUCCUUGAAAAGGAACACGGCGGGUCCGAAAUAGAAGGAAGAGCUGCAAUAAUGGCCGUUUCCAAUGGACAUAAAAGCAGCUUGGAGUUACUUGUCCAUCAUAAUCCUCAACUAAUACGAGAGCUAGGAGUUGGACGCCCAGCACUACUUGAAGCCUGCAAAUUAGAUCAUAUCGAUAUCGCGACUUUUCUCAUUGAAAAUGGUGCCCCAACUGAACAGGGGGAGAAAUUUCUCUUCCAUGCUGUAGUUCGAAGCCGGACUAAUAUUAUAAAACUACUCCUUGACAAGGGGAUAGGCCUAGGAGGGCUUGACAAGGCCCUCAUAACAGCCAUAUCCCAAGCAGAUAAAGAAAAUGCACAGCUACUUCUGAGGCAUGGAGCACAAAUGGAAAAGGGAGCAGUAAUACGAUCUAUCCGAGCAGGUUUAGUUGAUUCCACUGUACAACUCAUCAAAGCAGGGUUCGACGUACAAGGAAACUACCUCGAGAAGCGAAGGACAGCUCUACACUAUGCGGCUGAAGAAGGAUCCUUUAGAGUUAUCCAGGCUCUACUAGAAGCAAGAGUUCCUAUGAAUAGCUGCGAUCGUGAUGGGCAAACGCCGCUACACCUAGCUGCUCAAAGGGGCCAUUUUGCCUGCGUGAGAUUGCUUCUUAGCAACGGUGUAGAUGCAUUGGUGAAGAACAAUGAUGGUAAGCUUCCAUUGGAUUUAGCAGAAAUAAAACACCAUACAUCAACGGCAGAGUUAAUAAGAAAACGGAUGGCUAUGUUGAAAGAUGAACCCUUUCACCUAAGAUCUCACGAAAGUGCAGCCUAGGAUUAGGGGGAGGGUUAUGAUGGGAAUCUUAGAUUUAGGCUUAUAUUUAGAUACAUUAGGUACCUUUCCAUCUAAUGGACAGAGC